AGGUGGGUUGGACCCAAGGCUGACGGAGUGUGAAAAAAAAACCCAGUAUGUGAUUGGUUGAAUCACUUACAGUCACUUGACUAUGGGCGGGGCAAUGCUGUGGUUGGCUGUGCUGUUCUAGCUGUCAGUCGCUCUGGCAAUCGUUGUGAGAUGAGCGGGCACGGACCGGGGGGGACCCCGGGAUUCGCAGCAAUAGGAGGCCCAAAACAAAUGCACAGCAGUAGCGGCAAUGGCCAAGGAGCUGUCAUCCGGGUGCUGAAGAGAAAUAUGAAGCGGAGUGGUAGCAGAAACUGUCUGAACCAGAAGAGCUGCCUUGGCUCUCGUGAGCGGGAAUGGCUGAGAGAAGAUCCAAACAGAGGUUGUGUUUAUGUGUAUGGAACAGACACUAGUGCUUCCAGCCCUGACCUUCUUGUAGUCCUCUGUACAGUGGAAACCUCUGCAUCAGAGAUCUGUGCUAGUGAGGGGAGAGAUGCCCUUUAUAUUCAGCUCAACGGAGAUCUUGUCAGGAGACUGGAUCCUCAGGAGCGACCUCUGCACAUGAUAUAUAAAUACUUAGCUGCUUUGGGCUUUCAGGAUGCCCUGCGGAUCCAAGAGGAAUCGGCUUACUCAGACCUCAGCUGCAUGAUCCGGUUUUAUAGCGAGAUGCCAAUCCCAGUGGAACAGCUGGAUCGGAUUUUAUUAUCUGGAGAGUUUAUGGUGCGGAAAGGCAAAACUCAGCUACACAAGUGGGCAGAGAGACAAGUUGCACUUUGUGGGACAAGUUUAAUUGUAUCUUCUGUGAAGGACUGUCAGGCUGGAAAAAUGCACAUUCUGCCCCUUGUUGGGGGCAAGAUUGAAGAGAUUAAACGGCGGCCACAGUGUCUGGCAUUCUAUUCAGCAGGAGCCCAGGCUCACACGUACCACAUCAGCUUUGAUUCCACUGCAGAUUAUCAGAGAUGGUACCGCCAGGCAUCUAUUGUUGUGUCACAGAGGCCCGGCACUGUUGAUCUGUCAUGUCAAAGCUUGGAGUGGGUUCCAGAGCAUCUGUUCUACAGCCAAGACAUCACAGCCUUAAAUCUACGCCAUAACUUCAUGAAUCCGCAAAGCUCAGGAGGCAUAAGCACCCUCUGCAGGUUUUCACAACUGAAAGUUCUCAAUUUAUCGCAUAACAACCUGAGAGAGUUCCCCCUUCAAAUCUGUGACAUCACAAACCUGACAGAGUUGAACAUGUCCUGUAACAGACUAACACAGCUGCCAGCAGAACUUAGUCACCUGCAAAGUCUACAGACUCUGAACUUGGAUGGGAAUUUGUUAACUUCAUUACCCGAGGAGCUUGGAUCUCUGGAGCAACUGACAACUUUUGGAUUGGCAUUCAAUGACUUGAGCAGUAUUCCAAAGGUCUAUGAGAAACUGAUUGCUCUGGAAAAGUUGUGUAUGGCAGGGAACCGGCUAGAAGCCUUAAGCCUUCAGAUCCUAAAUAAUAUGCCUCACUUGAAGCACAUUGACCUGAGAAUGAAUCUUAUUACACAAAUUGCAAGUGGUAGUCUGGAAGGAAUAAACCACAUCACUCAGCUUGAUGUACGUGAUAAUCGUCUAACAGAAUUGGAUCUCAGCUGCUUGGGUAAUCUGGAGCAAUUGCACUGUGAGCGAAAUCAGCUGAAGGAGCUUUCACUCUGUGGCUUCUCCCUGAAAUCAGUUCUUGCCAGCUUCAAUAGUUUAACAUCUGUGAGUGUGUACCCAGCCCCUCUGCAGCUUACUUGUUUGGAAAUAGCCAGGAAUUGCUUGGCUUCUGUUCCUGAGUGGGUGUGUGAGGCUAGAAAGUUGGAAGUUUUGGAUCUAAGCUGGAACCUACUGACUGAGCUACCAUUACGAUUAAUGAGCAGUUUGAGUCUGCGGAAAUUACUUAUUGGGCAUAACUAUCUACAAUGCUUACCAAGUCCUGUGGAGAUUAUCCCAAUGGACACUUUAGACGUGCAGCAUAAUUUACUGAAACAGCUUCCUGGUUCACUCUUCGCAAUGGCUAUAAAUCUCAGGUUUCUCAAUGCAUCAGCAAAUUCACUGGAGUUCUUACCAUCAGCGUGCGUUGAGAUGGACAUUGUGAGCCAACUUCAAGUUCUCUACAUAACCAACAAUCGUCUUACAGACCAGUGUGUUCCUGCAUUAACUAUGCACAUGAACCUCAGGGUCCUGCAUAUGGCCUACAAUCAGCUGGAUACCUUCCCAGCCAGCAAACUCAAUAAACUGGAGAACUUGGAAGAACUGGAUCUCAGUGGAAAUCGUCUCAAGUCACUCCCAAGCACUGUGUCCAACUGCAAGCGUCUCCACACUUUGAUCGCUCACUCCAACUGCAUCAGCGUAUUUCCUGAAAUCUUUAAUCUUCCACAUAUCCAGUUGGUUGACUUGAGCUGUAACAGCCUGACGGAAAUCCUGGUUCCCGAAAAUCUCCCACCUGUCCUGCGUGAGUUAGACCUGCAAGGGAACGGCGACUUGGUCUUGAGUCAUCAGCUCCUUGACUUCCUCAGCCAUAUCCCCACGUUCAAAAUUGACAACAAGCCUGUGCCAAAGUCAGACCUGAGUGUGCCGUCUGUACCCUGGACUCAUGGUUUGGCAGAGAUGUCUGGACAGAAGAACAAGCUGUGUGUGUCUUCCCUGGCCGUAGCUGACUUUGCAGAAGAGGUUGAAGCAUUGUAUGGCAUGUUUGAUGGAGACAAAAACGAAGAGGUGCCACGUUUACUGCAGUGCACUGUGGGUGAUGUUCUCCUUGAGGAGAUCCAAAGGUCAAGCUGUGACAAAGCUUUUAUGGGGCUCACAUUCCUAGUGUCACACGGGAAGCUGGGAAUGGCCGGUCAGAAACUAGGCUCUUCAGCACUCUUGUGUUACAUCGGGCAUGGGGUGUCAGAUGGUAUCAGUAGCUACACUCUUACUGUAGCCAAUGUGGGGACAUGCCAGGCUGUCUUGUGUCGGAAUGGGCAAACAAUAUCCCUAUCCAGAGUCUUCAGUUUAGAACAUUGCCCUGAGGAACUGCUAAGGAUCAAAGCGCAAAAAGCAAUUAUUACAGAGGAUAACAAGGUAAAUGGAGUAACCUGCUGCACGCGUUUGCUAGGCUGCACAUAUCUAUAUCCGUGGGUGAUUCCUGAUCCACAUAUAGCAACAGUAGCUCUCAGUGUACAGGAUGAAUUUUUAAUUCUGGGGAAUAGAGCUUUGUGGGAGCAUGUUCCUCCGAAGGAAGCUGUAGAAACCAUAAGACACUUGCCUAAUCCAAGAGCAGCUGCAAAGAAGCUCUGCACUUUAGCACUAAGCUAUGGCUGUCAGGAUAAUGUUGCUGCCUUGGUGAUUUAUCUUAAUAUUGGAGAGGAUUCUUGCACUUGUGACAUGCAUGGUCUGGCUUUGCCUAGCCCAUCUGCUUUAACUUCCUCAAAUACAACAAAAGAAUCUCCUGACUCAGUGACACCAUCUUCCAGCAGUGGCAUUGCAUCUGAAUUCAGCAGCGAGAUAUCCGUCUCAGAGGUAAGCAGUGACGUGGGCUCCACGGCAUCUGAUGAGCACACAGUAGCAAGUCUGGAUAGUGGACUCAUCACAAGGCCCGAACGAAGAUGCAGUCUCCAUCCUGUUCCAUUGAACAGCACUUUCCAGCGACAGCCAUCUUGUGCCACAUUUUCAAGCAAUCAGUCAGAUAAUGGCUUGGACAGUGAUGAUGAGCUGCAAGCAGAAACAAUGAACUGCAACAGUAGCAAAGUAGAGGUAGAAGUAGAUAUUCAUUGUAACAAGCAGCACCAUUCUGAAGCUCUGUCCUUUGGCUCAUCUUGGGAAGUAGAGGAAGAGUGUUGUGGGAUAUCUGUGCAAAUACUUAGACAGAACAGUUUAAACCAGCAGAACAUAGCAGGUUCAAGCCAAGAUAGAGACGACAUGCCUCCGACUUCUAGAUCAUGCAUGUUCAUGAAGAAGCAUUCAAAUGGCUCUGUGGUGCCACUAGAAGAGAUUCUGGACUUGAUUGAAGUUGCCUCUGAGGCUCCUAAAAGAAAAACUGGCUACUUUUCGGCUCCAUCUCAAAUAGAGCCCGAGGAUAAGUUUGUGCUUCCUUCUCAUAUGGAGAAUGAAGUGAGGGUGCAGUUGGGUGAUGCAGAAAGUGCUGUAGAUAAUAAAGCCAACUCACAGGAAGAGUUUGAUACAGCUUUGUGAAAUAUGUUGAGAUUGAAGCUGAGGGAUCCCAGGGAUCUUGAGCUACAGUCUCCUUUGUUCAGCAUUGCACAUUUUUGUAGCAGAACUUUUGAGCUGGAGCUCAUGUGGUUUUUUCAUUGAAGAAAUUGUUUUGUGAACUGUUGAUUUAAGACCCAUUUUCUCCCCUUUACCUGUAAUGAAUGACAAAUUCAGCCAAUCACUGUAAUACCUCUUUGUGUUCUGAUAUUUCAAGCCAUUUUAUAUUUGAUUUAUGUUUGUUUGUUAUAAUCCGUUCUAUUUCCCCUUAAAGGAUAAAUAAGCGUAUGUAACAAUGAUGAGAGCGCUAUUCUAAGCACUUGUGAUGUACAUUCAUUUUUUUUUAAUGCCAAGAUAUUAAAGAAUACAUGUACUAUUAACAUUAAUGAAUUUUGUUACAACAGCGCCACCUGCU